UUCUAUGUUGUCUGUCAGUCAAUGUCAUUGUCGCGAUUUCAGUUCUAUUUCAAUGAAAUAAAUAGAUUUAACCUCACACUGAAAUGAAAUGAAAUUUUAUUUUUGAAGGAAAUUAAUUAAUAAAAUUAUGAAUAUGUCUAAAAAUUUAACUAUUUUAAGGACAUCACGUCUCUUCAAUAGACCAUUCAGAAAAUUCAGCAGUAAAGUAGAAAUUGAUGAAAAUGCACCAGUUAAAUUCUCGACAAGUCCUGCUGCUAAGAAAACAGUAAUGCCCGUGAUGAGAAAGACAAGUAAUAUGCCUUGGUAUCAACCUUAUAGCGUGGUAGGCAGUAUAGCUGUAUUUCUUUUAUACUUCUGUGUACUCCGAGAAGAGAGUGAUUUAGAUUUGGAAUUCAAUAAAACAUUGUAUGACAGAAUCAAAGGCUUGGAAAAAGAACAGCUAUUACAAUCGUAUAAAUUUAACAAAGAACAUGGAAAAGAUACAGCAGAUAUAGAGAAGCGGUUGAAGGAAAUUGAAAUUGAAGAAGCAAAGGCAGCAGCUGAUGUAGUAGGUUAAGUAGUGCUAGCACAUAGUAUUUGUAGAUUUGUUAAUAAAUUAUUGAUCAUUUGUUAA